GCAACGACGCAUCCUCGGCACUAUAAAACAUCUCUAAUUUACCUAUUUAACUCCAAUCUGUUUAUAAAGAGCUUGCGAUUUAUAUAACACACAUUUCAUACAAUUUUAAACUUAUAAACAGAGAGAAUGAGUGGGUCUGGGAAGGGUCUUUUAGGGUUGUGGUUAUAUAGAAAUGGUUCAGAUUGGCAGGUGAAAAAUGAGGCUCCUCAUCAUCCAAAACUAGCAGAUCUCCAGACCAUGGCGGCUCAGCAGCAGCAGCACCACCUGGAAGGCGAAAGGAUUUCAGUGAUGUUUACCUUGAAGAAUCAAGUAGGAGGUCUGGUACGCGCUCUCUCCGUUUUCCAAGACUUGGGUAUCAAUGUCCUUCACAUUGAAUCCAGAAAAUCAGCAACGGAAGUAUCAUCUGCUGAUAUUCUUGUGGAUGUGGAAUGCGACCCGCAAAGAAUGGAACAACUCAAGCGGAUGCUCAAACGUGAGGUGCAGGACUUUGAAGUGGUACCGUCUCAAUCCGGGGAAGAAUUUCCACCUCCGACGCCCUUGUCAGCUGCGGCUAGUUUCGAUUUUGGUGAAAUGCCGUGGUUUCCUCGCAAGAUUUCGGAUCUAGAUCGAGCUCAGAAUGUCCUGAUGUAUGGGUCUGAGCUAGAUGCUGAUCACCCUGGUUUCAAGGAUCCAGUUUACCGCAAGAGACGAGAGCAGUUUGCCGCAAUCGCUAACAACUUCAAAUACGGUCAACCAAUACCGAAAGUGCAAUAUACGGAGACCGAAAUUAAAACUUGGGGCAUAGUCUUCCGUGAACUCCACAAACUUUAUCAGAAGCAUGCAUGUGAAGAGUACUUGGAGAACUGGCCUCAGCUCGUCAAAUAUUGUGGCUACAGGGAGGACAACUUGCCUCAGCUGGAAGACGUUAGCGCGUUUCUUAAACGCAAGACUGGAUUUCAACUGCGUCCAGUGGCUGGAUAUUUGUCACCAAGGGACUUUCUCUCUGGACUGGCUUUUCGAUUGUUUCACUGCACUCAGUACAUUCGUCAUUCUUCCGAUCCCUUCUACACUCCAGAACCCGAUUGCUGUCACGAGCUGUUGGGACACAUGCCACUUCUCGCAAAUCCAAGUUUUGCACAGUUCUCCCAGGAGCUGGGACUAGCUUCUCUCGGAGCGUCUGAUGAAGAUAUUGACAAAUUAGCAACGCUAUACUUCUUCACCGUCGAGUUUGGGUUGUGCCGCCGUCCUGAUGGCUCCUUCCGCGUAUACGGAGCUGGUCUCCUGUCUUCGGUGGCUGAGCUUCAACACGCUCUCACAACACCUGAGAAGAUCAAACGUUUCGAUCCUGAGGUCACUGUGAACGAGGAAUGCAUUAUAACAUCGUACCAGAAUGCUUACUACUACACGGAUUCAUUUGAAGAAGCUAAGGAGAAAAUGAGAGCGUUUGCAGAUAGCAUACAGCGUCCGUUCGGCGUUCGAUAUAACCCAUAUACACAAAGCGUGGAGGUUUUGAGCAAUGCCCAGAAAAUCACUGCUUUAGUGAGGGAGUUGAGAGGAGAUAUUUGCAUUGUAUCUUCAGCUAUCAAGAAGAUUUCGGCCCAAGAUAACACACUUGACGUCGAAUCCAUUGCCAACAUGUUGCAUACAGGAUUGCAGGUGAAUGAGAGAAGCCCACAGAGCACUUCUGGUGGCAGUUCACCAAAUUCUGAGCGAGAUGCAUCACCAAAAUCUGACUUAUCCAAAUAAAAGUAAUCAAGGUUACUCAUAAAUGAUAAUGUUAAUACGUAUAAUAAAUAUUUACUUACUACCUAAUAAAUAUACUCUUUCUAAAUUACAUA